AUGCAGUGCUUACAGUUCAUGUUCAACAUCACAUGUUCAAUUGAUUCACGAGAGCUUCCCACUUCUCUUUUGUCUUCUAUCCUGAGGGAAGUUGAUAAGCAGUUGCAGCUCUUGGAAGACAAUGACUACAAUGCAGAAUGGAGCACGAUUCCAGAUGAUGUUUGCUGUAAGGGUGAAGAAGAGCUGAUGGUGGGAAAACCCAAGAAGACCUACUGCAGGAGGAGUGACCCGUUACUAUCUGUUUCUGAGAAUAUGUUUGACGACCUCUGGAAGGAUGAUGUUCGCUGUAAGGGUGAAGAAGAGCUGGUGGUGGUAAAACCCACGAAGACCUACUGCAGGAGGAGUGAACCAUCACUACCUGUUACUGUGAAGAACUUUGACGACCUCUGGAAGAUGAAACAUGUGAGCGAUUUAAUGUAUGUUAUAGGCAGAGGUGAUGACUGUGGAAAGGCAGAGAAAACAGAUGAUGAGAAUUAUAGGGAGCAAGACAGACCACAUAACGAUGUGUACAGCGAGGAGAAAACUGAUGAUAGUUAUCUAGAGGAAGACAGACGACGUAAAGAUGUGUACAAGAAGAAGAAUAUAACAACAUGUAAUUAUAGUUAUCUAGAGGACACCAGACGACAUAAAGAUGUGUACAACGCGAAGAAAAUAAAAACCCGUAAUUAUAGUUAUCUAGAGAAAAGAAGACCACGUAAAGAUGUGUAUGGCAUGAAGAAUAUAACAUCAGAUGAUAAUUGUUAUCUAGAGGAAAACCUACCACGUAAAGAUUGGUACAACGCGAAGAAAAUAACAACAUGUAAUUAUAGUUAUCUAGAGAAAAGAAGACCAGGUAAAGAUGUGUAUGACAUGAAGAAUAUAACAUCAGAUGAUGAAUGUUAUCUUAAGGUCAACAGACCAUGUAAAGAUGUGUACAAGAAGAAGAAAAUAAUAGCCCCUAAUUAUAGUUAUCUAGAGGACAACAGACCACGUAAAGAUGUGCACAAGGAGAAGAAAAUAACAGCCCAUAAUUAUAGUUAUCCAGAGGACAACAGACCACGUAAAGAUGUGUACAAGAAGAAGAAAAUAAUAGCCCCUAAUUAUAGUUAUCUAGAGGACAACAGACCACGUAAAGAUGUGCACAAGGAGAAGAAAAUAACAGCCCAUAAUUAUAGUUAUCCAGAGGACAACAGACCACGUAAAGAUGUGCACAAGGAGAAGAAAAUAACAGCCCAUAAUUAUAGUUAUCCAGAGGACAACAGACCACGUAAAGAUGUGCACAAGGAGAAGAAAAUAACAGCCCAUAAUUAUAGUUAUCCAGAGGACAACAGACCACGUAAAGAUGUGCACAAGGAGAAGAAAAUAACAGCCCAUAAUUAUAGUUAUCCAGAGGACAACAGACCACGUAAAGAUGUGCACAAGGAGAAGAAAAUAACAGCCCAUAAUUAUAGUUAUCCAGAGGACAACAGACCACGUAAAGAUGUGCACAAGGAGAAGAAAAUAACAGCCCAUAAUUAUAGUUAUCCAGAGGACAACAGACCACGUAAAGAUGUGCACAAGGAGAAGAAAAUAACAGCCCAUAAUUAUAGUUAUCCAGAGGACAACAGACCACGUAAAGAUGUGCACAAGGAGAAGAAAAUAACAGCCCAUAAUUAUAGUUAUCCAGAGGACAACAGACCACGUAAAGAUGUGCACAAGGAUGACAGAAAGAAAAUAACAGCCCAUAAUUAUAGUUAUCCAGAGUUAUCAGAGGACAACAGACCACGUAAAGAUGUGCACAAGGAGAAGAAAAUAACAGCCCAUAAUUAUAGUUAUCCAGAGGACAACAGACCACGUAAAGAUGUGCACAAGGAGAAGAAAAUAACAGCCCAUAAUUAUAGUUAUCCAGAGGACAACAGACCACGUAAAGAUGUGCACAAGGAGAAGAAAAUAACAGCCCAUAAUUAUAGUUAUCCAGAGGACAACAGACCACGUAAAGAUGUGCACAAGGAGAAGAAAAUAACAGCCCAUAAUUAUAGUUAUCCAGAGGACAACAGACCACGUAAAGAUGUGCACAAGGAGAAGAAAAUAACAGCCCAUAAUUAUAGUUAUCCAGAGGACAACAGACCACGUAAAGAUGUGCACAAGGAGAAGAAAAUAACAGCCCAUAAUUAUAGUUAUCCAGAGGACAACAGACCACGUAAAGAUGUGCACAAGGAGAAGAAAAUAACAGCCCAUAAUUAUAGUUAUCCAGAGGACAACAGACCACGUAAAGAUGUGUACAAGAAGAAGAAUAUAACAGCCCAUAAUUAUAGUUAUCCAGAGGACAACAGACCACGUAAAGAUGUGCACAAGGAGAAGAAUAUAACAGCCCAUAAUUAUAGUUAUCCAGAGGACAACAGACCACGUAAAGAUGUGCACAAGGAGAAGAAAAUAACAGCCCAUAAUUAUAGUUAUCCAGAGGACAACAGACCACGUAAAGAUGUGUACAAGAAGAAGAAAAUAACAUCAGAAGACAAUACACAUAACCAGCCUGAUCAUCACCACAAACUGAAGGGUCUUUUCGACUGCGAAGACAACUCUGUCCCAGAAUUCCAGCGACUGCUCAGUAUGUUGACGAGCGAAGGUGAGUCUGGCAGCACUGUGUUCCUCUGUCAGUCGUUCUUUCUUGGCGGGAAUCUUGUGGUAGAUACCCGCCUCAUGAAGCCGCCUCCGGACAGUUCUAGCACUCAUGUCCAGCCGCAGAUCUAA